AUCUCUCUAAAUUUCACAGAUCAAGUUUUGGCUGGAUGCAACCAACAGUCAAGUCAACUACUAAAUUGAAGUGAGGAACAUAGAGAACUGGGGAGAAUUUUGGAUCUUUUUUCUUCAAGUGAAGUUAAAGGAACAAGGCGACAAGGUUUCAUUAGGAUUUAUCAAACACAGAUCAAGAAGAGAGAAAAUGUUCAAAUAGCAUAAAAAGCUGUGAAUUUUCUAUUCUUUUGCAAUGGGAACAAUGGCAGAAUUGGGAACCAUGGGAAAGUUUGGAGCCAUGGCAGAAGAGCAGCAAGUUAACCAGAUGAUCAUGGAUAAACAAUCAGCAGAAGAAUGGCUAUCGCGCGUCCAUUCGCUAAUACCAUCCGUCCUCAGCAAGGCAAAAACGGUUAAGAAUUUUACAGGACGAUGGAAGACGAUAAUCGCAAAGAUGGAACAGAUACCAGCUUGUUUAUCUGACCUCUCAAGCCACCCUUGUUUCUCCAAGAACAAGCUCUGCAACGAACAGUUGCAAUCUGUGGCUAAGACUCUUAGUGAAGUGAUAGAGCUUGCAGAGUUGUGUUCAACUGAAAAGUAUGAAGGGAAGCUGCGUAUGCAGAGCAAUCUCGAUGCUUUAUCCGGAAAACUGGAUUUGAAUCUAAGAGACUGUAUGGUUUUGAUCAAGACCGGCGUUCUUGGUGAAGCUACAUUACCUCUUUACAUUUCAAGUUCAUCAGAAACACCCAAAAUUUCCAGUUUAAAAGAACUUCUAGCGAGGCUACAGAUCGGUCACAUGGAAUCAAAACACAAUGCUCUCGAAAGCCUCCUUGGUGCAAUGCAAGAGGAUGAGAAGAUGGUUAUGCCUUUGAUCGGACGAGCCAACGUUGCAGCUUUAGUUCAACUGCUAACAGCAACUUCGACAAGAAUCAGAGAGAAAGCGGUGAAUCUGAUCAGUGUAUUAGCGGAAUCAGGACACUGCGACGAGUGGCUUAUCUCGGAAGGUGUAUUGCCUCCGCUAGUGAGGCUAAUCGAAUCAGGAAGUCUUGAAACCAAAGAAAAAGCUGCAAUUGCGAUCCAGAGACUGUCCAUGACAGAGGAAAACGCACGGGAAAUCGCAGGACACGGCGGAAUCACACCGCUUAUCGAUCUCUGUAAAACAGGGGAUUCUGUGUCACAAGCUGCGUCUGCAGCUGCUCUGAAGAACAUGUCAGCAGUUUCAGAGCUCAGACAAUUGCUUGCGGAAGAAGGAAUGGUUAGAGUCUCUAUCGAUCUCCUAAACCAUGGGAUAUUGUUAGGAUCAAGAGAACACAUGGCCGAGUGUUUGCAGAAUCUCACUGCAGCGAGCGAGGCUCUGCGCGAAGCCAUUGUUUCGGAAGGAGGAGUUCCGAGUCUCUUGGCUUAUCUCGACGGUCCAUUGCCGCAAGAACCGGCCGUAACGGCACUGAGAAAUCUAAUCCCGUCGGUGAAUCCAGAGAUAUGGGUGGCUCUCAAUUUGCUUCCACGACUGACACAUGUACUCAAGUCAGGAUCUUUAGGCGCGCAACAAGCAGCAGCAUCGGCGAUUUGCCGUUUCACUUGCUCGCCGGAGACAAAGAGGCUAGUGGGAGAAUCCGGGUGCAUUCCGGAGAUGGUGAAACUUCUGGAAUCGAAGUCAAACGGAUGUAGAGAAGCGGCGGCUCAGGCGAUCGCCGGAUUGGUGACGGAAGGAAGGAUUAGACGGGAACUGAAGAAAGACGGGAAGAGCGUGACGAAUCUGGUGAUGUUACUGGAUUCAAACCCUGGAAACACGGCGAAGAAGUACGCAGUGGCGGGGCUGUUGGGGUUGUCGGGAAGCGAGAAGAGUAAGAAAAUGAUGGUGUCGUACGGAGCAAUAGGGUAUCUGAAGAAGCUGUCGGAGAUGGAAGUAAUCGGCGCCGAUAAGCUUCUCGAGAAGCUUGAAAGAGGAAAGCUGAGAAGCUUCUUUCACCGGUUUUUCGUGAGCUUAACAAUGAGUACCCUUGAGACCACGAGAGCUGAGCUUGGUCUGGUAGUGUUGUAUUUGAAUAAAGCGGAGGCGAGGGACAAGAUUUGCCGAGCUAUUCAAUAUGGUUCCAAGUUCUUGAGUGAUGGACAACCUGGCACUGCUCAAAAUGUCGACAAGUCCACCAGCUUGGCUAGAAAAGUUUUCCGUCUCUUCAAGUUUGUGAAUGAUCUUCAUGCUCUCAUUAGCCCUGUUCCCAAAGGGACUCCACUUCCGCUUGUUCUGCUCGGAAAGUCUAAAAACGCGUUGCUGUCAACGUUCCUGUUCCUAGAUCAAAUUGUGUGGCUUGGCAGGACUGGGAUUUACAAGGACAAAGAACGUGCUGAGCUUCUUGGACGUAUAUCCCUUUUCUGUUGGAUGGGUUCUUCCGUCUGCACAUCCUUGGUUGAGGUUGGAGAGCUUGGUAGGCUGUCAGCAUCAAUUAAGAAGUUAGAAAAAGAGAUAGGGAACAAGGAUAAACACCAGAAUGAGCAAUACUGUGCAAAACUAGAGAAAUCAAACGAGAGGUCAUUGGCUCUGAUCAAAGCAGGGAUGGAUGUAGUUGUUGCAUUCGGAUUGCUUCAAUUGGCUCCAAAGAAAGUCACACCCCGAGUCACAGGCGCUUUCGGAUUCGCCUCCUCACUGAUCUCUUGUUAUCAGUUAUUGCCGUCACAUCCCAAGUCCAAGACGGUCUGAGAAAAGGGAAAGAAGGAAAGACAAAACUAGUUUCAUUGUCCAGAUGUUCCAUAGUUUGUGCCUGUUUUAAUAUAUUACUUGGUGUUAAAUUUGUCUUGCUUGAUACUUUUUUUUUUUGUUUGUGUUAGAUUUUAUGGUAUAGGAUAAUGAUAAACAUUGCAGUCUCUGUAGAAUAAAGAACAGAUAAGCAU